AUGCAGCCUGAAGUUAAACUUGUAUCUACAACAAAUAAUGUACAUAAUUGUUGUGUACCAUUAUCUGGUCAUCGUAAUAUUUAUCCAAUUAAGUCAGAAGAGAAUUCCCAUGGUCAUCAUGUUAAUAAUCAAAAUAAACAACGACAAAAAGUUGAAGCUUAUGUUUUUAGAAAAUUAGAAGAAUAUUCGAAGAAAAAAACAAUCAAUAUUUUAUGUUCAACAUCUCUUUCUCAUAUUCGUCGACGUUUAAAACAUGAUAUUAAACCUCUAUCGAAACAAUUUGAUCCAAAUACUGUAUCCAAAGAAAAACUUCAUCAAUGGAUUGAUGAAAUUCUUGAGCAAAUUCAAUCACAUAUAUCACAAUUACGAUCAUUAUUUCAAUCACAAGAUAAUCUUGAACAUUUUCUUACAACAGAUAAAUUUUUUUCAUCAAAAAAUAUUGAUAAUCAAUGGAAACAAUUACAAUUACAACAAGCAAAAAAAGUUCUAUUAAAGAAUGCAAAUGAUAAUGAUGAAAAACUUUUAUCAAGAUAUCAAAAAUAUAUUAUAGAAAAAUUUACACCAAAUGAACUUGAAGAUAAUAAACUUAUAUUAAAAAAUCAAAAAAAAAUUCAUUUAAAUGAAAAAUUUCAAGAAGUAGAACAUUUUGGACGAGAAUAUUUAACAAAACUACUUGAUAAUUAUAAACAACGUCAAUAUCCUAAAUUAGAAUUAGUUCAAGAAAUGAUUGAACUUGGAAUGGAACAAAUGAUUAAAAGACCAAAAAAAGAUGAAUUUCGUCAAGCAUCAUUAUCAUCAAAUAUUCUUGAUAAAGCAACAUUUAUUCUUAAAAGUAAACAAUCAUAUUCAAUGUCUCUUCACAAUCUAGCCGAUGAUUUUAUGCUAUUACGUUUUGGACAUUCCGUAGACAAUGAAAAUAAUAAUGCUGACGAGUCUAUAAGUGAUCGAUUUAUAGUUCGUAUUCAUAUGUUUCUCAAUACAAUUUCUCAACUUGUUUAUUUAUUAAAAGCCACUAACUCAUCUGAAUUUUUUUCACCAUUAUCAUUAUUUAAUCCAUUUAAUUCUGAUUUACCAAAAGAAUAUAUUCUUUCACCAACUAUUUAUAUUGAUGAAUGGACAUGGUUAUUAGAAAAAUGGAAAAUAUCAUUAGAAACAUUGCCAAUUAAUCUUACAAAUCAAGGUGCUUUUAGUCGACUUGUACGUACGACUAUUGGUGUUGGUAUUUCUCGAUUAUUUAGUUUUACUAUAAAUAAUGAACAAGAUGAACUUGAUAAGAAACUUUUUCAAGCACUUCAAAUGGGUUUUUAUUAUGGUAUUGCUUAUGCUCUUGUUGAUGGUCUUCAAGAUAAUCAAAAUCAUCAACAAAAACAAUUUGAUGUUGAUAAAUGGCUUGAAAAAGCAGAAGAUAUUUUAUGUGGUGAUCAAUUAAAUACAUCUUCAUUACCUCAAUUACCAAUUAUUCCACUUCUACUUGAAACAUUUCAUAGUCUUGGUCAACUUACAUCAACAAAUUCAAUUACUGAUCAAACAUUUACUGAUCUUGCUUUACUUCUUCGUUCACAACGAUUAGAUAAAAAAGAUUUAGAAAAAUCCAAUUAUAAUGAUAUUGAUCUUUUUUUAGGUCCUCUAUUAAAAGCUCAUUUUACUUAUACAGCAACAGCUUUUAUGGGUGGAGCAAAUAUAAUUGAAAAUCAUCAACGUUUAUGGAUAACACCUUUUCUAGGACAAUUAACAGAUGAUUGUCGAGAUUUUAAUGAAGAUUAUCAAGCAAAAUCAAUAACACCUGUAACAUAUUAUGUUCAACAUAAUGGUUCAUCAUUUAAUCCAUUUUUUGUUUUUUUAUUCGUUUGUGAAGAUCUUUAUAUAGAAAGUAAUCGUCGAAAGAAUACAGGUGCAUUUUUAGGACGACGAAUAAUGAGAACAUUACGUUCACUUGGAAAUGAUUUUAAUAAAUUUAUUACAAUCUUUACAGAAAAAUCAUAUCCGAAAUUAUAUAAAUAUUUUCUUUCAUUAGAAUAUUUAUUUCCACGUAUUAGUGAUCCUGAAAAAGCAGUAUUUCGUUAUGUUAAUAUAUUUGCAAAUAAUUAUUCUCUUAAUCAUCGAAAACUCGAAACAUUUGUAUAUGAUUGUCAACCAUUGAUCGAAAAACAAUUAUCAAUAGAAACAGAUGAUAAUAAUUUACUUGUUCAUGGUAUGAAUUAUAGUUUAAAAGCAGGUGGAAAACGUUUACGACCUUUACUGUUACUUAUGGUUGCACAACUUUAUAAUAUGGAUAUUAAAAGUGUAUUACCAGUUGCUCGAGCUCUUGAAUAUCUUCAUACAAGUAGUUUAAUAUUCGAUGAUCUUCCAGCACAAGAUAAUGCACCAUUGAGACGAGGUCAACCAACACUGCAUAUGAUGAUUGACAGUGAUCAUAAUAUUAUUCCACCAUCAUUAACUGAAGGACGAGCUCAAUUAAGUGCUGUAAAUCUCAUUGCAUAUGCUAUUCGAUUAGUUACUGUUGAUCUUCAAAAAGAAAAUUUUUCACAUGAAAGUAUAAAUGAAGUUGUUGCUGAAAUAGCACAAUCAAUGAGUGAACUUUGCCAUGGACAAUUUCUUGAUUUACAAUGUUCAAGAACUAAAAAAUCAUUAACAAUUGAUGAACUUGAUCGUAUAGCUUAUUUAAAAACUGGUAAAGCUAUUGAAAUUGCUAUUAUUUGUCCAAUUAUUCUUGCUAAACAAGACCAACCAUUGGAUUGUUUUCGUGAACUUAGUCGAUUAAUGGGUAUUUUAUUUCAAAUGAAAGAUGAUCUACUUGAUGUUGAAGGUGAUACAGAUGAACUUGGAAAAAAAAUCAAUAUUGAUCAAGAAAAUCAAACCGUAACUUAUAUAAGUUUAUUGGGUGUUAAAGGAACACGAAAUCGUAUUGUAAAUAUAAGAAAACAAGUAGAAUCGAUUCUGAAUGAUUUAUGGCCACAAGCUGGUACAAUGCGAGACCUUAUUCAAUAUAUUUGUGAACGAAAAAAAUAA